GCACCGGGCCCCCGGGCGGGCGCACAGGCACCGGGCCCCCGGGCGGAGCAGACAGGCACCGGCCCCCAGGGCGGAAGCGAGCAGGCAUCGGGCCCCCAGGCGGAGCGCGGGGGCGCCGGCCCCCAGGAGGUGCGACAGGCAUCGGGCCCCCAGGAGGGGCAACAGGCAUCGGGCCCCCAGGAGGGGGACAGGCAUCGGGCCCCCAGGCGGGGCGACAGGCAUCGGGCCCCCAGGUGGGGCGACCGGCAUCGGGCCCCAGGCGGAGCGGCGGGGUGCCGGGCCCCCAGGAGGGGCGACAGGCAUCGGGCCCCCAGGCGGGGCGACGGCAUCGGGCCCCCAGGCGGGGGGCGACAGGCAUCGGGCCCCCAGGAAGGGGCGACAGGCAUCGGGCCCCCAGGCGGGGCGACAGUUCAUCGGGCCCCUCAGGCGGAGGCGACAGGCAUCCGGACCCCUCAGGUGGUGCGACAGGGCUCUCGGGCCCUCAGGCGGAGCGGCGGGCGCCGGACC